UCUAGUUUUCGAAAUUAACUAACUAACGACCAUCAAAGUUUAACCCUUUCACUGAUUCCCAUGAACCUACCUGUACGUCGAGGCAAUGUGUUUGACAUGUUCGAGCCCCUCGAGGACCAGAUGGACCUACUUGAUGACACCCCCCAUCACGACUCCUCCUCCGAUGAAGAAGAAGAAGCAGACUUCGGAUUCGCUUUCAACGACAGCAACUUCUCCGAUAGGUUGCUUAGGAUCGUGAUCAUGGAAAGAGGAUCCUCCUCCCACGCUGGAGGGUGUGGUGGGAGUAUCGCUGAUUGGGCUCGUCAUCGCAAGAGGAGAAGAGAUGAUACUAUCAAGAAUGAACCUGACGUUGUGGAGGGUGCUGCUGAGGAGCAGGUUUUGACUGAUAUGGUUGAAGGCGAGGCUAUGAUUGAAGAGGCUUCAUCAGGUGAUGAGGAUGAUGCAACUAGUGCGCCAACCUGGGAGUUGGAGUCCUCCGACCCCCAGGUUGCGAAAAGGGUUAGAGAACUUCAUAUUAGUUCUCCUAUCUUAGCUGCCAAAAGCCCUUUCUUUUACAAGUUGUUCUCUAAUGGAAUGAUGGAAUCUGUGCAAAGGGAGGCCACUCUUGUAAUUAAUGCAUCAGAGGAAACUGCUUUGAUGGAGCUUUUGAACUUUAUGUAUACCAAUGCGGUGUCUGUCACCACACCACCUGCAUUGUUGGAUGUGCUAAUGACUGCUGAUAAGUUCCAAGUUGCCUCUUGCAUGAGGCACUGCUCUAGACUUCUCCGCAAAAUGCAUAUGACUCCCGAGUAUGCCCUGCUUUACCUCGACCUUCCCUCUACUGUUCUGAUGGCUGCAUCUGUUCAGCCUUUAACCGAUGCUGCAAAACUCUUCCUUGCUUCUCACUACAAGGAUAUUACCAAGUUUCAAGAGGAGUUGAUGUCUCUGCCCUUGGCGGGAAUCGAGGCGGUUAUAUCAAGCGACGAACUCCAAGUUACAUCAGAGGAUGCAGUUUACGAUCUAGUCUUGAAAUGGGCAAGAGCGAAGUACCCUUCGUUGGAGGAGCGAAGAGAGAUUCUCGGGGCACGCCUCGCACCUUCCAUCCGCUUCCCUUUCAUGACAUGCCGUAAGCUGAAGAAGGUACUGGCAUGCAUCGACUUCGAGCACGAGGUAGUAUCAAAGCUCGUUCACGAAGCGCUUUUCUUCAAGGCGGAAGCCCCGUACAUGCAACGCAGCUUAGCCGCGGAAGAAUCAGCCUCAGUGCACCGCCGCCUCGUAGAGAGGGCUUACAAAUACAGACCGGUCAAAGUACUCCAGUUCCAGAUCCCUGAGACGCAGUGCGUGGUCUACCUAGACCUGAAAAGAGGAGACUGCAGAGGAAUGUUCCCUUCGGGGAGAGUCUAUUCUCAGGCCUUUCACUUCGCCGGUCGCGGGUUCUUCCUCUCGGCGCAUUGCAACCUGGACCAGCAGAGCUCGUUCCAUUGUCUCGGGCUGUUCCUAGGGAUGCAGGAGAAAGGGACGGUGAGUUUUGGAGUGGACUAUGAGUUCUCGGCCAUGUCAAAGCCGUCUGAGCUGUUCAUAAGCAAGUCCAAAGGGAACUACACGUUCACUGGAGGAAAAGCAGUUGGGUACAGGAACUUGUUUGGGAUUUCAUGGUCGUCUUUCGUUGCAGAGGAUAGUCCUUACUUCAUCGAUGGCGUUCUCCGUCUCAAAGUUGAGCUUACCAUCAGAAGUUCUACAGAUCAUCAUCACUGA